AUGGCUGUAUCAUAUUUCCAGCCCUAUAUACGUUUUGGCUUCCCAUCAUCUGAGCUGGGGACUGGGUUUGACGACGAGACUAGCUGCCAAUACUACAAGGCUCUACAGUACACGGGACCGAGCGGUACACAAACACGAGAUGCGAAAGGAACCCUGGAUACUGCUUUGAUGCUGAAGUGGUUUGGAGAGAAACAUUCUGCUCAAGCCGGAAAUAAUUUGGCGGUCGCAGACGAGGCUUUCAAUGGAGGUCUUCGACUACUAUUCGGUAAUUGCGAGUACGAUAUCAAGACGAAAUAUCGCAAACUACCGUUUAGCGAGAACGACUUCACUUAUCUCGCAAAGCAUCUUCAGCUCCCACAGCAGUUUCUACCUGCAAUGAGAGUAUGGACGUGCUGUUCAUUCAAGUUCCUUUGCGUUCCUACGAAUUGUGAUAAUUUUGCUCCUACUUUAUGUUAUGUCUUCAAGACCAGUAGUUUUCAAAUCGGGCACUAUCACGUAGCCAUAAGCUACGACGCGCUUAAAAACUUAACCUACGCAGUCCUUCUCUUGAAGCCGUUUCAUCACCCUGCGAGCCCAUUUGGCUUCACCGAACUUCUUAAAAACCUCAGCACAUCUCCUCUUUCCACUCAUCCGCUACUUUUGCCAAUUCUACUUGCUGAGCUUAGUAUGGCAAUUUCAGAUCAGAGAUUUCUAUGGGCUGAUGCAGAAAUUCAUCAACUCGAACAAGAAACAGGACAACAUAGCUGGACUGACCGAGUGAUGGGCGAUCCAAUGAGUUUGGAUUAUACUAAGGCAACGAAGACUGUGAAUUUUGUGUCUAGAAGUUUGGCGGUGGAGAGUAUGAGAAUUAAAGAGCACCUAAUUACAUUUGCUUUUAUUGCCAAGGAAAUUGAUUCGUUGGCUGUAAACGGAGUAGCUGAUGUCAAAGAAAGGGGUGAGAAACUGAAGGAAAUUGUCGCCUAUCAUGUAAAUACAUGCGAGCACUUUUUGUUACGGGCCGAAUUUCAGGAGAAGAAGGUAAAAGCUCUAACCGCGGUGGUCUACCAAUUCAUGACGCAAAAAGACUCGAAAGUAAAUAUUGAGCUUGGAGAAAUGACCGCAACGAUUGCACGCGAAAGCAAGAAAGACAGUUCGGCCAUGAAAGCUAUUGCUGUGUUGACGAUGUGCUUUCUACCUGGUACAUUUCUUGCUGCACUUUUUGCAAUACCUGUCUUCAACUGGGAUGAACCCACAGGUCCAGUCGUAAAGGAUAGCUUCAAGUUCUAUUGGACUAUCGCAAUACCGCUAACUGUGGGUGUUCUGUUAAUCUGGGCAGCAUCGGUCUUAUUACCUUGGGCAGCAUGGAGUUCCCGAUUUAGGAACAUAAAAAGAACAAGACAUGGUGAUCUUGAGACGGCCGAUGAUAAUAGAUGGAAAAUACAAUGA